UUAUUUUAGGUUUGGUCCCAGCUCUUUCCAUCACAUUCAAGUAUGUCAGAAAAAUUGGCCUUAUGACUUUCACCCUGAAGCAGACAUAUUGUGAUUAUUAGGAUUUUACAUGUCAUUACUGUUGUUUGAUAGGAUCCAAAAGGCCUGCAGUGAAAUGCAUUCAGCUUUUACUUUUGAGGGAUUAGCAGACUGCCGCCUUGUGGUCAGACUUUGUACCUAUUCUAUGGACCUUUCUGGCAAAUAACAGAGUGGAAUGUGAACAAUAAGGUCAAGAACUCAAGAAGACAAUGCUGUGUAACUUAUCCUCACUUUUUUUCUCAUCAAAACAGUUUUACAUUUAUCUUCUGUUUUAUCCAUCAAACGACAAUGGGGGAAGGCAUUUAUCGUAGGACCCAGAACUCCUGUCCAGCAGAUGGCAAUCGUAACUUUCUUCCAUCAAGCUGAAAUGGGACCGGAAGUAGAGCUAUUUUGCUUACAAAAUAAAGUCUCAAUAAGGGUACAGAUGUUUUGCGUCCUCUUAACCCUUGUUAUUUAUGACAAUGUAAAUGUAAGGACAACACUGAAGCUAUAGUAUAGUUCCAUUGCAAUGCACUGUUCCUUAUUCAAGACAGUGCCCAUUCAAAAUCUGUGAGAUCCUCUGAAUGUAUUGGAUAUAUGAUACUUUUAUUUUGAAGGAUGUACUCGGACAUAAUAGCCUUAUAUUUUUGUCCCUCGAUUGACACACCUACAUGGAUGGAGUCUGUGGUGUAGGUGAGGUUUGAUAGCUGUUUAAAAUGUCUCGCAUGCAGCUGCUGAAGCUGCUCAUCACCGAGCGGCUGAGCGCGGCAGCAGAGGAGAUCUUCACAGCGGUGCAGAGGACGAUAGCAGAGUACGAGGAGGAAGCAGCUCGCUCCAAAGAAGACAGCGACCAACAUGGACUUAAACAAGAAGCGCGUUUACACAGCGAAGACCCGCCGCAGGUCUCUGCACAUGAGCAGAAACACUUUGAGCAGGAGUGGAGUCCCAAGAGCUGCCACAACAGCCCUAGUGUUGACCACAGGGACUGUAGCCUGCUGGUCCCAGAACCUCCAGAAAUCAAACAGGAGCAGCAAGAGCCGUGGAUCAGUCCAGGGGGACAACAGCUAUUGAAUAUGGAGGACUCUGAUCCCAGCACUUUGAAACUGACUCCCACCUGUAUGAAGAGUUGCAUUUACUCGGACUUGAGUGAGAUGCAAACUCAUGACUCAGGAAAUGAAGACAAAAAUCCUAUACCCAGCUCCUCAGCGGCCCACGGUAAGGUUGAUGGAAACUCUCUGUCAAGCGAUGAAUGUUGGACUUUUUUGCCAGGUUGUUCUGUAACUCUAAAUAACAUUGCAUCUGAGUUGAGUUUAGAAACACUGACAGGCUACAGUAUCAGUAAAGUCCACAAGCCGAGCCACACAGGGAAAAGCCAGCGGAGUAAGGGAUCUGAACCACAUAGCCCAACGCCUCCACCAAACAAAGAGACAAAGGGAAGAAACAAACCCUACUGCUGUCGUUUCUGUGGCAAAAAAUUCAGCCGCAGCGCACACCUAGCUGUACACAAUCAAAUCCACACUGGGGAGAAACUGUUCAGCUGUGAAGUGUGUGGUAAAGAGUUCAGACACAGCCAGAGCGUGACUGUGCACAUGAGGAUUCACACGGAGGAGAAGCCGUACCGUUGCAGGACUUGUGGGAAAGAGUUUCGCCACCUAGGAAACUUGAACGUACAUAUGAGAAUCCAUACAGGCGAGAAACCGUACAGCUGUAAAGUGUGCGGAAGAAAGUUCAGUAGAAAUUAUGUGAUGACAAAACACAUGGCUGUACACAUAGGAAAGGUCAAAUGAGUUUAAGCACAAGGAGUGUGUUAGGUUUCACUUUAAGAGAUCUGAGCACUGGUGUAUUAAGAUAUAUGAUUUAUUGAAGGUAAUCUGUCCUAAAAAAAAUUAACAGAGACCUAAGAAAAAAAGCACAUGAUGGAUUAUAGUUAAAGUUAUGAUUCAUUUUAAUACCUUUUUGUUUGUUAAGCAUUGUAAAUAAAGUAUAGUUUUUUUCUAUAUGUGCAAACCUGACAGUGUCUCUUCACUUCACCUAUUUGUAAUGCAGACACUGCAUUACACUGUCCAAAGUGCCGGUGGCUUAAAGGUACUGAGC